AUGAGUGAACCUACUAUUAUUAUAGACCCUAAUGAAGAAUUGCAAAUUAGUGAUAAUGUUUCUAUAAGAGUUGUAGAUCUUUAUAGCUUUGAGAGCUUAGAAUUAGUUAAAAAAUUCAAACAAGAUUUGGCUAGACUUAUAUACAAAAUUCAAUAUGCCAUAGAGGGAAAACUUAAAGAAGGCAUGUCACCAUCAUAUGCAGUGACAUUGGAAGAAGUAAUACCUAAAGUAUCUACUAAACCUAAAAGACCUAUUGGAAAGGAUGAACCAUGA